AAGAAGAAAAGAAACAAAAUGGCUGUUGGGAUCAUUGUGGAUGAACAUGCGUCUUCAGUCUCUGUCGAGAGGCUAUGGAAGGCAGCCAUUGUGGAUAGUCACAACCUUGUCCCUAAGCUUCUUCCCACCAUCAUUUCAAGCAUUGACAUCCUUGAAGGAGGUGGAGGAGUUGGCACCAUCAAGCUGUUAAACUUCGCAGCUGAUGUUAAGGGUGCUAAGUUCAUUAAGGAUCGUGUGGAUGUGAUGGAUCAUGAGAAGCAUAUAUUCAAGCACUCUAUCAUUGAAGGAGGCCUUAUUGGUGAUAAGAUGAAGUCUUAUGCUGCUGAGGUUUCUUUUAAAUCAUCAACCAGUGAUGAGGGAGGUUCUUUGGCCAACCUGAAAAUAGAGUAUGAACUAUUAGAGGAUGGUGGAGUGCCAUCUGAAGAAGAGAUCAGCAACAUAAAGCAAGUGCAUAUGGCAAUGGUUAAGGCUGUUGAUGGGUAUCUCUUGGCCAACCCAAAUGCUUAUGCUUAAUUCACCCAAUUGGCUUUUGUUUCUCCGUGUCUUCUUCUCUUGCCUAUUUGGGAUUUCGAUAAUAUGUAGGCUGUAAAACGGUCGGUUAUUAUGGCUAAUAAUGUGUUGAG